AUGAUACAGAAAGCCUUUACGCAUCCAUCUUAUCAUCAUUUAGGCAAGGGACCCUCUAUUUUCUCUGUUACAAACUCGGUUUCUGGGGGCGAUUUAAUCUACUAUACAACCUACAAUCGUUUGCAUGCUGGACCUACGGUGGAGACUGAUUGUUACCAGCGACUUGAAUUCCUUGGUGACGCUGUGCUUGAUUAUGUAAUUACACGCUUCCUCUAUGAAGAUGCCCAACAUCAUUCUCCCGGUAUUCUCACUGAUCUGCGCUCUGCUCUUGUAAAUAACAACAUAUUUGCAGCACUGGCAGUCAGAAUCGGCCUUCAUCGCUACUUGCGCGCUUCCUCACCACACCUCUUUGCCGCGAUAGAUGCCUUCGUUCAUUAUCAAAAGGAAGUGGCUAAUGAUGAUCUAGAUUUUAUAACAAACGAGGAGAUGGGCUUUCACUGCUUUGACAAAGCUACAGCUUCAAAGAAACCAGAACUAACAACUUCAUAUGGCAAUCCACCAUCUGAUCAUCAUGUUUUUGAUGAACCUAUACCUAUUUCUACAGUCCAUUCCAAUGCAUAUUUUCCCCUCAACUCAAUGGACUCUUCAAAAUCCAGCGUUCCCUAUUCUUGCUCCGACACAUCUCUUGAGUUUACUACUCAUCCUUCUAUCAGACCUGAUAAAAACCUGCCUAGAAUUUCUCAUGGUAAUAUCAGCAAGACUGUUGGACAUAUAGUAAGCCAGGACCUGGGCAAUGUUGAAAAGAAAGGAUGGGGAGAAAUCCAAACGCAAGAACUACAAGAAGAUAGGUUUGGAACAGGAGAACAAAGCGACGACAGAGUGAUUAUAAACACCGAUGAUUUAACUGAGGCAUCUGGAGCUAUGGAGCGCCGAAAGACGGCUGAAGAGGCAAAGCGGUUGACUCGAGAUUUCCUUCCUCCAGAAACUGGUCACUUGGAUAAUGAAUUUCGGGUAGAGAGAGUAUUUUUAAUUCGCUAUAUUCAAUUUUAG